CUGAACAUAUAUAGAAAAAAUGGCAUACUUAGAUGACCAAGAAAUUGUAACUUUACCACCACCUCCGAUCACCACUGAAACCAAUGCUACCACAGCCGCCGUCAAGGCCACCGUCACCGCCACCGUGAACAUCCUUGUAGCAGACUCCACAUUCAUAAAGUCUCUCUUUGCAUUGGCAGUUUUCCUCAGUUUGUCUCUCAACCCAAACCAAGUCCCAUCCAAUACGCUAUCUCCUGAUCCAGCAUGUGCUCCCACCGACGACAUCCCGGCGAGCUUGGUUAUCUGUCAGUUUUAUGCCUUAACCUCCUUCAUCUGCUCUGCCAUCACAGCCUUUGCACUUAGAAAUGCCUCCGGCCCUACUCUCAGCUUUGGCUGCCGUACUAUGCUCAUCCUCUCAGAUAUUGGAUUUAUUCUCGGGGUGGCAUUCCUUCUGUCCGUCAUUGUUGACCUCGCUCAGAUGAAGCUUGGAACACUCUCUUGCGGCAGCUCUUCGGUCACUUUGGCUGCUGUUGUUCCCCUUCUCAUAUUUGCUCCUUUGUCGCUUUUGUUUCUCAUAUGGCAGCUUAAAUAGUGGCAUGAGACAUGGUGGUUGAUUGUAAAAGGGGUUUUAAUUAUAUAUAUGUGGGUUUAUUUUAAAUAAAUUAUGUCAUUUUCGUGUUUAAGUGUGUCAGUAUCCGUGUUGUGUCAAGUGUUCGUGUGUGAGUCUAUGUUUUAUAGUUUUCUAUUAUGUUGUGUAAUAUCAUUUCA